AUGGAAAGAGCGCUUGCUGAAAAGAAAUACUUGCCCCCCGCCUUCGAAUCUGAAGAAGGUGCCAUAUCAUCAGCGGCGGUGAAAAGCUCGCCACUUUCGGUUAUCUCAACGGUUUCUUCUUCGGUGAUGGAUUUUUGUGAUGCUUUUUGGGUACACGGGUCUAGGGGACUCGAGGCUAUCAUAACGGAAUACAAGAAAAAACUAAAACAACAAACAAGUUUUUUCAAAAAAUCUGACUCUGAUAACAAGUGCAGUAUCGCCCCCUCUUACAAAAUAGCGCUGGAAAUUGCCAAAGCAAAAAAACCUUUUAGUGAUGGAGUACUUAUCAAAAAGUGUGCAAUAGAAAUGGCGAAACAAUUCAAUGAAUUAAAAGUUGCCGAAAAAUUUGAAACAGUCUCAGUAUCGCAUCAAGCAAUUGCAAGACGGGUGAACCAUAUCAAUGAACAUGUAUCCAAAAAAUUGCGUGACGUGGUUGAAAAAUGUAAAUAUUUUUCGCUAUGCCUGGAUGAAAGCACUGAUCUGUCUGACAUUUGUCAGCUUGUAAUUUUUAUCCAAACUAUUCAAGACGACUUCAGUGUAGCAGAGGAGAUGCUCGACCUUAUUCUUCUCCAUGGUACAGCCAAGGGUACAGAUAUUUUUGAAGCUGUGAAUAAGUUGGUGUCAGACUACGGGGGAUUUGAUAAAUGUUCCUGUAUUGUCACUGAUGGCGACAGAGCUAUGACAGGGACUGAAAUUGGAUUUGCAGGACUAUUGAAACAAAACAGCAUCAACUGUCCUAUGAUACAUUGUAUUGUUCACCAAGAGAGCUUAUGUGGAAAAUCAUUACGUCAAAUAAAUGUCAUGAAAGUGGCUGUUAAAAUAACUAAUAUUAUUAGAGGGGGCAAUCGUGCUUUGACUCACAGAAAUUGUAAAGAACAUUUCGAAGAAACGAAGGAUUUUGAGAAAGUUUCAUAUUUACCUCAUAUAAAAUACAUUGACACAAUUGCAGAAGAAUUCAAAAAUCGAUUUAGUGACUUAAAAAUCGAAAGCGACAUUUCAGUUUUUACUCAGGCACUAACAAUUUCUGUUGGGAACGUAAGCAGAGCAGACCUUCAACUGGAAUUGUGUGAUUUGCAGUCAGAUCCUUUUUACCAAGGAAGAACUGAAACUGGCUUGGACUUUUUUAAGUUACUGCCAGGAGAACGAUACCAACUUGCGAAACUUAGGAGUUACAAUGGGAUCAAUGAUGGAAAGCACGUAUCUUUGCAAAAGCAGCUUUUCCAACAUGAAAUUUAUCAAGUCAAAGUAUAG